AUGGUCAGCCUCAAAACUUCUGCGCUAGGACUUGUCCAUGCUGCAUUUUUCCUCGUCGCCAGGUGCUCUGCCAAGGAAUGCGUCUUGGACGAGUGCCUGGGCGGCGUGAUGUCGAGAAAUGUGAACUCGCGCGGUGCAGCAAGCCGAGACUGCAUCUCUUUUUUCCAGCAAGGCGCCGAGACUACCACCACGACGAUUAUAACAACGAAGGAAAUCGAGACACCGGUCACGGAAGUAAUAGUUUACACGAUUACGGAUUCUAUCAUAAAGGAAACCUUCACCAAACACGACUAUACGCAUUCCACCACCGUGCCCGUAAAAACUCUUCCUCUUCAAUUGACGACUACAAUCACGGCUACAGAAACCACUACUACAACUCUCACAACGACAUCAGUUUCAUCGGUUAUCGUGACCAGUUUUGUUGCGCCUCCUACAGAGGGGAAACUAUACUACACAGCCCCGAUUCCGACGUAUGCCUCUGGUUGUUCAGGCGUCGUUUCCGACUACUCCUCAGCAUGUUCAUGCAUUGGCGCGACGGAGUCCCCUCUCAUAACCGAAACGGAAAUCUACACGAUACAGUCCACGCCGACCGCCAUGAUAGAAACGACCAGAGAAUUCGAACAUAUCACGACCAGAACCACCCGAACUAGAUCAGACAGGGUUAAGAAAACAUCAUACUACACAUCGUAUGUCACUAUAACAUCGAUCCGGGAACCGCUUUUAACAGCGAUGACGACAACAACAUUGACGAGCACUAUUACGGAGACGUCAACGACGUUCGUUACUGGGCCUACCCAGUUUUGCAAGCUGAAUCUCAUCGCUCAAGGCGGAAAUGUGGAUGGACGCUUGGUAUAUAUCGACCGCGACAGGGCCGUCCUGGCGCCGUUAGGCAGUGUCCUCAGGACGCUGUUCCAGUUUGACAGGGGCAGCAGACUCCGUCCUCUUGAUGGCGGAUCUGUUGGCAAGGUCAUGCACCAAGUUGUGGUUUCACCUUUUAUUGAACUACGGAGCGAGGAAGACGUUAAGUCUACCUUUCAUUACAACACCAUCUACUGCCAAGUCCAUCCCGGUACCUUUGAAAUAACCUGCCAGUCCCGCGAGAACACUCUCCAUCCGUGGUAUUUUUCCGAGGCCGACCAGACUGCAAAUGGACCUUUCUUGUGGCUAAAGGCAUUUCCUUCCAACGACAUACCGAUCAGGAUUUUCGCGAUUCCAGUCGGAUGCAUCACUUGA